AACUGACAGCCAGCUAACAGCAUGACGGCGUAAUAUUUUGACAUUUCGUGAUUUCGAGAAUCGAGUCUUUUUUAUAUUGUAAAUUUGUUCAGCGUUGCGUUAAAACAAUUUAGAUUUUUAGAAGAAAAUGGAAGAAAUUGGUAUCGUACUUCCCGAAAAGGAUGACCAAGUCACUGACACCAAGGGACUCCCGUUUGCGGGUCCACAGUCUUUCGACGAAUUGGAAUCUGAAGAUUUAUACACAAAAUAUAAGAAACUGCAGCGAAUGUUAGAGUUCUUAGAAGUGCAAGAAGAAUACAUAAAGGAUGAACAAAGAAAUCUCAAGAAAGAAUACCUCCAUGCUCAGGAAGAGGUGAAGAGGAUCCAAUCGGUGCCGCUAGUCAUUGGGCAGUUCCUUGAAGCUGUUGAUCAGAAUACGGGCAUCGUGGGCAGCACAACAGGCUCAAAUUACUAUGUGAGGAUCCUGUCCACAAUUGACAGAGAGCUGCUGAAACCAUCAGCCUCAGUUGCUCUACACAAGCACUCCAAUGCUCUGGUGGAUGUUUUACCUCCGGAAGCUGACAGCUCCAUCUCUAUGUUGCAAGCUGAUGAGAAGCCCGAUGUACAAUACUCGGACAUUGGAGGUAUGGACACACAGAAGCAAGAGAUUCGUGAAGCGGUAGAGCUGCCCCUCACACAUGUGGAGUUGUACAGACAAAUCGGUAUUGAGCCACCGAGAGGCGUGCUUAUGUACGGACCACCUGGCUGUGGCAAAACCAUGUUGGCUAAGGCAGUUGCUCAUCAUACUACAGCUGCCUUUAUCCGCGUGGUGGGGUCGGAAUUCGUGCAGAAGUACCUGGGCGAGGGCCCACGUAUGGUGCGCGACGUGUUCCGCCUCGCCAAGGAGAACAGCCCCGCUAUCAUCUUCAUCGACGAGAUUGACGCCAUUGCCACCAAGAGAUUUGAUGCUCAAACUGGUGCAGACAGAGAAGUACAGAGAAUUCUUCUGGAAUUACUCAAUCAAAUGGAUGGGUUUGAUCAAACCACUAAUGUUAAAGUAAUUAUGGCGACUAACCGUGCUGACACAUUGGAUCCUGCACUACUCAGACCUGGGCGUCUUGAUAGGAAAAUCGAAUUCCCUCUGCCCGACAGGCGUCAAAAGCGUCUCAUCUUCUCGACGAUAACGGCGAAGAUGAACCUGUCGGAGGAAGUGGACCUGGAGGAGUUCGUGGCGCGGCCGGAGCGCGUGUCGGGCGCCGACAUCAACGCCAUCUGCCAGGAGGCGGGCAUGCACGCCGUCCGGGAGAACAGGUACAUUGUGUUGCCGAAAGAUUUUGAAAAGGGAUACAAGAAUAAUAUCAAAAAAGAUGAGUGUGAAUACGAAUUCUAUAAAUGAGUGAUUAAACUAAAUAUUUAUGUAUUAUUAUUAUUAAUAUGUAUUCGAAUUAAAGUGUAAUUCUAAUCU